AAACAAAUUAGAAAAUAUUAAAAAAAAAGUUAGUGUUAUACAAAAAACGCAAACUAACUGAAGACUGAUAAAGAAAAAUAAAAAAUAAGCGAAUUAAAGCCAAAGAAAACAAAAUGUGUGGAGGUUUUACAUGUUCGAAAAAUGCAUUAAUUGCUUUAAAUAUUUUAUAUGUGCUGGUUGGUUUCCUGUUAAUUGGUGUUGGCGUUUAUGCUCGUGCUGCUUCAAUUGUUACAAAUCUUCCUAUAGUUGGCGGUAUAUUGGCAUGUGGCAUUAUAUUAAUAUGUAUUUCCAUAUUGGGCCUGGCUGGAGCCGUUAAACAUCAUCAAGUUAUGCUGUUUUUCUACAUGAUCAUUUUGUUUUUGCUCUUCCUGAUACAAUUCUCCAUUGCCAGCUCUUGUUUGGCUGUUAACUCCGAACAGCAACAAGAAUUCGCUGAAGAAGGAUGGAAUCGUGUACCCGACUCUAUGCGCAAACAGGUUCAAGACACCUUCCUCUGCUGUGGCUUCAAUUCGACCAGCAGCACAGCGGCCGAUGCCUCGUGUGAUGUUAUCAAUAAGCAGUGCUGCAGCUCAUCAUACGAUGUCAAUUGUCAGUGUCCACCAUGUUUGCCCAAGUUGGAGGAUAAAAUCAAUUAUGCCUUUAAGUUGUGCGGCGGUUUGGGAAUAUUCUUUAGUUUUACAGAGUUCAUUGGUGUUUGGUUAACUGUGCGUUAUCGUAAUCAAAAAGAUCCUCGCGGUUUACCCAGUGCAUUUCUAUAAAUUCGUAUAGAUUCAUUUAACAACAUAACAAAUUAAUAAUUUAUUAUUAAUUUCAUAUUAUUUAACUAACAACAAACAAACAACAAAAUUCUAAUCUAAAAUCUUCUAGUCACUCCAUGAAAUGACACAUUUCUUAAAAUUUCAAAAAUCUAAGACCGUUACUCAUUUCUAAACACUCUCACACACAGACAUACAAUAAUUAGUAUUUUAGGGGUAUUUUACAAAAAAAAAAAAAUUAUAAA